GACAUAUUAGCCGACGUACCACCAAUGUCAACUCCAGCACAUAUAUCGUUGAUAUACGUGACCUCCGGAAUAUUUCUAACAUUUAGGUAACCUGCUCUAUUUUGUGUAUAAACAGUGGUUUAGAUAGAGUAUAUUCUAAGCCUUUCUUUGCUUUUUGAAUUUUAUUUUUGUCUGACGCGGGCUCUCGUAGGCGAAGCUAUCCGACAAAAUGCGCCUCACGUUGCAAAUGUUGAUCUCCCACGGCCGGAUGGCCCGGAGGAUGGGUUUGGGCCCACGGUCCAGGAUCGACAUGCUGCGCAACAUUUUGACAGGACUGGUCCGACACGAGAGGAUAGAAACCACGCUGGCCCGAGCAGAUGAAGUCCGCUUCUACGCCGAAAAGCUGGUAGACUAUGCCAAAAAGGGAGACACUGAUGAGAAGGCGAUGAAAAUGGCCAGUUUUUGGCUGACGGAGAAGGAUCUGGUCCCAAAGCUCUUCAAGGUCCUGGCUCCACGGUUUGAGAACCACUCAAACAGCUACACACGGCUGGCACGCAUCCCCAACAGACAGAACCUGGACAGAGCUAAGAUGGCUGUUCUGGAGUACAAAGGCAACCCUUUCCCACCCCUUUAUCCUGCGAAAAAGGAAAAUGAACUGACUCUCAUCAACCAGCUCCUCAAAGGCUACAGAGAGGACAGGGCACAACAGUUAGACACAAAGCCGUAGUUGCCACCAUGGAGAUGGAUCAAAGAUGGCUGAAGGGUGAUGGUGGGGUACUGAAAUGCUUCUGAAGAGCCACUUGCAUAUUCUGCAGACUGUGGCUUAAAGGCCGCAACAGACACUGAUGCAGUUCUUUACCAAAAGAAGCCGCAGCUCUGUAAAGUAUUUCUGAUUGUGUAUUAAUAAAUAUUAUUUCUUAAGAUAAGCAAGAAAUGUUUGGUUUUCCUUUGAUUGUUAAUGAAUUCAGAUUCAUGCUGUUGAGCAUUCAUAAAUAGGUUCACAAAUAAACUGCUUUUCUUAUUAAUGUGGUAAUGGUGGUUAUAAUUUUAAAGCAGUCAAAGGAAUGAUCAAAAUUGUGCUACUCUAUAACUGCAUAUUCCAUUUCUGUUUAUAACAGAGUAUGACUCUUAUAAAUUUGUUGUUUUCAAGCACAAGCAAUGUUACUAUUAUUUUUGGACAUGUCAUCAAUUUUCUGAAGGCAUUACAGGAUGCAUAGCGCUCCUUGUGACAUAUACACCAAUCAACCACAACAUUAAAACCUCCUGAAUUACAUUACACAGCUCUCCUCAAGCUGGCAAAAUAGCUCUGACCUGCUGGGGCAUGGGACCUCUGGGAGAGUUCUGUGGUGAAUGGCAGUAGAUGAUUGUGAGUCCUGUGGGUUGCACAGUGGAGCCUCCGUGGAAUGGGAUUUGUAAUGGCGCAUUCCACGGAUGUUCGAUUGGACUGGGAUCUGGGGAGUUUGGAGGUUGGGUCAACCCCUUGAACUCUUUGUCAAGUCCCCUGAGCUGUUGCACUUUUUGCGGUGUGCCAGAGCUCAUUGUCCUGCUUGGUAUGGGCACUGCAGUGUUAGGAUAUGCUUGUCCUGCAGUACUGUUUAGGUGUGCGAUGCAUGUUAACAGCAGCAAUCAGUUUACCAGUAGUACAGUGCACUGUAACGAGGCGAGUAAUGUAAUUUACAUAUGACUGGUUUUAACCCUGUAAAGCCUGAAUAAUUAAAUAAUU